AUGCUCGGUUAUGGCUUCUUGAUCUACAACGCUUCGUUGGUGUUUUGGAAAGUGGCGCGGCCAAUGUGUCGGUCUGGAUGGCAGAAAUACAUACUGAAUGAGACAACUCAAGUCUUGGAAGCGUUGAAGUUAGUCAGAGCAGCAUCUGCAACGGGCGGUGGUGGAGGUAAGCCCGCGAAAGGAGGUGCCACAGCCGCCAUCCCGGUGCCAAUCGACCUCCCCUGGCUUAUUGAAAUGACGCUGAACCUGGCCUUCGGGCUCGAGGACGCGGGCCGCGAAGCGGACGCUCAGAAGAGGGUGGACGAAGCAAGCGCGCUGCUUGACGAGCUCCUGAAGGAACCUUCGACUGCCUCGAAUCCAGCACUGGCCGCUCGUGGCGCAAGCCUGCAGCAGCUGGUGUGGAAUGCCAAAGCUUUCUUCAGCCGGAAGGCUCCCGGAAAGGUAAAGGACGAUGUUGUGAAGGCAAGCGGCAGCGCUGUUCUCGGCGCCACCCUCUUCAUUUGCAACGGUGGAACAGCUGCCGAUGCAGCGGGUGAAGAGCUGAUCAAAGCAUGGUCGAGCAUCGACAGCGGUUACGACCUGCGAGCUGCAAGAGACACCUUCGCUGCAGAUCCACGAACUCGCCCGGAUGGUGGGCAAGUGACCCGAGGGAACGUGAAACCGCAGAUGCUCGUAGACCUUGCCUUGGCAGUCCGCGCCGCUUGCUGUGCCAAGAAUUGGCCACUGGCCAUUUGCAUGGUUGCCCGCCUUGAAAAGUUUCAGAUCCCCCCCGGCAGGGGUCGAAUACUCCUCGACAUUUGCAAGGCAGAGUGCGAUGUUUGGCAAGCCUGCAAUGUUAAGAAAGAGGACCCGACAUCCAAGAUGCUACUCUCAGCAGCUGAGCAGGAAAAGCGAGAGAUCGAUACGCGGCACAGGGCAGUGAGACUCUGUGAGCAGUGCAUCAUGACAGCCCGGAGGAUCGAGGCUUUUGACCUGAUCGAAGAGUGUGCAGUGGUCAUGUGGAACAUCUCGCGCGAGCUGAUGUGUGACCAGCACCGCUUUCGAAUACACAAGCCCCUACAAAAGUGUUCCGAGCUCUUGGAAGAGAUGCAGUCGAACAGGCUGAUCCACUUGAGGGUGCAGCUUCACUUUGAGGUGGCUCAUUGUGAGGUCUCCUCUGACUUGUUGACGAAAGGAUCGGCAGAAUACCAGCGGGCCAACGCUUUGGACUACACCGCUGCAGACUCGGAGCUUUUGGAGCCGGUGAAGCAAAUCCUGGCCACACCGGCCGAUGAUGGCCUUGGAAGGGAUCCCGCCCCUUACCUGCGCCGCUUCGACACUGCCAUGCACAGCCAGCUGCAUCUUCUCUACUGGAAGACGACCCUCUACGAAGAGCCUACAGACCCUGUGGACCAAGUCAUGUUAGUGCUUGACCAGGUUUCCAAAGUUACUGGUGCGAAGAAUGAGCAUGGCGAGGUCAUGCCUUUGUCCGAGGAGAAGAAGAAGCUGAAUCACAGUCUCCUGGUCCAGGCCUUCGCGAAGCUAGAAAAUGUUUUGGAGGAUCUGAUCUUGCCCGAGCGGAUGGAGCAGCUCAGCAAGACUUUCGAGCCACCGCCUCGGCACAUUUUGGACGAAAGCCCUUUGCAACCCUUGCCCCACCAGGCGCCUGCAACCGCCCUUCUGCUUGGCGGAAAGGCCGAGAUGGAGGGGAAGCCAAUCCUGGACAGACGGCCCCAGAGCGAGCGAGAGAAGGCGGUUCAGAAGGCCAAGGAGAUUCUGAUGCUGAUGUGCCGCUGCAGCUUAGAAGCCCAGCGAGCCGAGGAGGGCGAGUUUGCUGUGAAGGUUUGUACGAAAGCCAUCUCCACAGCUGACACGAUCAGCUUCGGGCCUGCACCGAUUGAAGUCGAGGGGGCCUUGCUGCUGGCUGCUUGUGCCUACACGAAGUCUCAGUGCCUCUCUUGGGAUGUAGAAGAUUUGGGCCUCCUGAAUGGUAUCGGCGAAGAGAUCCCUGAGGAGCAGGAGGAGCCCGUGGAAGAGAUUCCGGAUGACGGCAGCGAAAGCGAGGAGCAGUUUCGGGAGCUGACGCCCGAGGAGAAGGCUGCCAUCACGGACAAGAAGCGUGAACUCAUCAGGAGCAUCUUGUACGGCCUCGCGAAAAGCCAAGAGUUUGGACAGCACUGGAUGGUCACCAAUGGCUUGGUACACUUCUGGAAUUUGCAUUUGGACACCGUUUGGUACAGCCACGAGGAGCCCAAGUUGCUGAAGCGGACCCUGCAGGAGUAUCGAGGCGCUCUGCAGGAUAUUCAGAAGUACUUAACGGGUCCGACGGCCCUACCAGACAGUGAAUUGAAGCCUGAUCUCGCCGCUUGCCUCACUCUCGCCCACAUCAAUGCAAAUGUCGUUGUGGGAAACCUGAAAGUACUGGAGACAGACGAGCUCACCGUCAUGAAGCGUUUGGGCCCUCUCGAACGGAAGGAUAUCAUGGCUAGGGUGGCGCAACUCUGCAAGGAGAACGACAAGCCAUUGCCAGAUGUCACCAAGCUUCGGCCUGCGCGUCUGGACGCUGUCCCAGCUGCGAAGGACAAGAAAGGGCCGGAAGUUGCGGAUCCGAGUGACUUGCAGGGGAGUGAAGUCGACAUCAUGGUGGCAAUAAUGUCAAUGCCCAAGGCGAAGGAUGGCGAGGAGGCGCGGAAGCUGGUGGACCAGGCCGUGGCGCUUCUGCAGAAAUGGACACCGGCUGCAAAUGACGAGGCCAUGCUCUCGCUUUGGGUCGAGCUGUGGACCAGGCUGGGUCGGCAGUGCCUGAAGCCACCUAUGAAUCCGAACAUUGGUGCGAAGCAUGCGUUGAUGUGCGGAGUGCAGGGCUUGGGAGACCUGAAUGCACCCAUACCGAAGUACGCCUCUCCAUCGCUUCUGCGCUGGCGCGGCGCUUGCCACGCACUGUGCGGUGAAGUUUUCGCAUCGCUGGUGGAUCCACUGAAGCAGGAGAAGGAAAGCCUCACCAAGCUCAGGCGCAUGUCUGUUUCGCAAUUCGAGAGCUGCUGCGAUUAUGCCAUUGCGACCAGCAACCACGAGCUGGCAAGCUUUGGGGCCAGCUCGUUGUGGAAUGUGUCGCUGCCCCUGAUGCAUUCUGGAGAGACGCGACAGCUGCUCGUCGAGCCGUACCUCAAAGCCACUCGCGCUCUUGCAGAGGUGAAGUUCAACGAAGAUCCUUACUUCUUCGCAGCCCUCUAUGCAGCUCUCUACGAUUGCUACGCCGACCAGCAUCAAUGGGACAAGAUCCACGACAUGCUGAAAGAUGCUUUCGUGGCAGUGCCCAGCUCCAGUCAUCGGAGGCUUUGGGCACUCAGGAUGUUGGCACUCAGCCAUCAAGGGAAGAACGUCACAGUCGCCAUGGGAAAGAUGAAGGAAAGCCAAGCGAAGGCUCAGGCCAACAUUUGGCUGGUGCUGGUUUCCGCCAGCUCCCAGCCAAAAGAUCAAAUCAACGCCUUCACCAAGGCAAUCAAUGUCCUGCAAGCUGGGCUGCAACCGGAGGUGGUGGAAGUCCGCAUGCAGUUUGCCGACUGGCUGCUGCGGAAUGGUUUUCCAGUUUCUGACGCUCUAGAGCAGCUAGCAGCUGCUUCGGAUCUCUUGCUUGACAUUGAGGAAGGUUCCGAGGAUGAGGAUGAAGAGGAGGCGGGAGGUGAUGAUGACUACUAUGGUGCCGGCCAUGCAGACGGCAAGGGAGAUGGAAGUGACGACGGUAGCUCUGUGGCCCCGUCGGACUGGGACAAGAGCGAGUCCAAAUUUGGGAGCAAGAAGGGCAGCAGCAAGGCCGGAAGUCGCAUCGGCAGCAGCAAGGCCGCGAGUCAGGCAGGAAAGUCUAGCCGCCACGGCAGCCGUGCCGGAAGUCAGGCCAGCCGCAUGUCACGGAAAAAGAAGAAGAAGGGAAGCGCGAGCAGGAGCGCAGCAGGCAAGAGUGCCAUGGCUCCCUCACGCGCCGGCAAGAGCAGGGCAGGCAAGAGCGCCGCAGGCUCCCGGGCGGGCUCCCGGGCCGGUUCUCGGGCUGGGUCCCGAGCCGGCUCCCGAGCAGGGUCGCGAGCCGGAUCUCGAGCCGGAUCUCGCGCAGGAUCCCGGGUCUCAAAGAAGAGUGCCAGCAUUGCAGCAAAGUCCAAGAAGCAGCAAAAGCAGGAGGAAGAUGACGACCUGGAGGGAGAACUCUUCUGUCACAAUUUCGAAUCCCUUUGCCGGAUUCAGGGACUGAAAGCGCAACUCACCGUCGGAAUGGAAGUCCACACGGCGCUUCAAGCCGCUUCCCACUUCGCCAUGAGAUUCUUCGAGUCGUCGGUGGAGUUGGCAAAUACCUUUGCACAAGAGCUCCACAACAAGAUGCAGAAGGAAGGAGAUGCACCUGCCGAAGCGACGACGAUGGCGAAGAAGGAGGAAAAGGAGAUUGUACACCUGGCACCGUGCUUUUCAUUGCCAGUGCGCCUAGCAGAUUGGGCCUACAUGGAGAAAUGGCCUUGGAGGGAAUCAGCUGCUUCUGCGGACUCUCCGCCCUCCAUCAUCGCAGAAGUCUUCAAGCGUGCCGAGCUUGCAGGAUUAGUUUGGAGCAGCACCUGCACCUGGGUGGGGCAUCCGGAUGCAUUUUCCAGGCCACAGGUGAGUUUCUUCAGUCUGCUGGCGCUGGAAGACGACUUGGAAGAGCACGGCUACCAUUUGAUGGCCUUGCCAUUGCUUUGCUUGCACUGUCAGCUGGCAUCCUCUUUCGAAAGCCCAUCUGUGAAGCUGGCUGUCUCCUGCGUUGCCAAGCUGCGCCUGGCGCGCUUCGCCGCUGCGUGCCGCCUGCGGGAAGCUGCCAAGGCUCUCCAGGCGGAGGCAGAGUCAGCCUUGCAGGAACUUCCCGAAAGCUUCAGUGGCUUCAAAGAGGAGCUCGAGCAGGUCAGAAGCGAACGCGCGGGACGAAGUGGCGCAGACACUCCGGACCCCCCCUGGCUCUCUGUCCAGCUGCCCAGCAAGAAACAUCGGGUCGCAGCACCUUGGUCGAUCGGCCAGCUCUACGCUUACCAAGUUUGGGCAGAGCUCGGCAAGGAGUGUUUGCACCACGCGGAGCUGUACAUGGCUUGUACGUUGACCAGCGAAGCAGAGCACCAUGCCAAGGUCCAUGGUGAUGGCCGGACCUUGCGAGACUUGGCUCUCACGCGGGCGCGGAUUGCAAUGAUGGAGGGCCAGCAUGGCGAGGUGAUCCGUGCACUCCACGAGCUAGAGGUGGCAGACCUGCGGCAGUGCACAGAGGCUUCAGUGCUCCUCGCUGAUGCCUAUGAUGCUCGCAAGGAGCCCCUGCCAGCCAUCACAGCAUUGCAGGAGGCGGCUGUUGCUAUACAAGCGCUUCCAGGCAGCACGCCGCCCGACAAGCCCAAGCCCGCGGUGGGAAGCAUCGGCGGUUCAACCUUCAAACCUGGGGGUGGCAGCGAUUCGGGCCAGUUUCAGCCCAGUGCCAAGCAAGUGUUGGCUCAGUGCAGUGUGAGCGUGCGACAGUUACAUGCAGAAGUCCGGAAACUUCGGGUCAGCCAAAUUACCUCGAAGGAGUGGGUCAAGGACCUGCAGCUCGCUUUUGAUCAACACCUCCAUAUUGGCCAGCAGCUCUUGGCCGCCGGGUUUUACAGACGGCAGGUCAGCGAAUGCCUGGAUUUUUUGGAGCUGAUGUUUCCUUUAGUCGAAGGGAAAGAGCUGGACUUCAUCAGGGAGCCCCAGAGCUCCAAGGAGCUGAGCUACGGGGCACUGGAGGAGUACGCGGGGCGCAUGGCACAGGCGGUGCUGGCUGUGCGCACUUCCCGGGAUGCGCUCCUUACUCUGACACUCCCGGUUGAGGGCAUCGAGCAGUGCGUGUCUUUGCCCUCAGAAGUCUUGAUUGCUCAGCUUGACGUCUGGGAGGCUCGCAUCUUGGCACUUCGACGCUCCUUCUCUGGAAAUGCGAGGCUUCACCGGAGACUGCGGAAUUUGCGGAAAUUUAUCGAUCCUAAGACCGCCGAUAUCUUUGUGGCAAGCAAGAACACCGGAGGCUUCUUUGGUGGUUCCAUUGCAGAUCGCAUUUCAGGCAGCCACAACAGCAGCUCCAUGGACGACCAGAGUGUCGUAGAAAGAUGGCUGAAGCUCGCCGGAGAGCAGAUCGACGAAGAGGACAAAAUCUCUCACCAAGCCCGGGACAUGACGGAAGUGGAGGACUCCCUGGCGAAGGUGUCGAACGCACUGUCCGUGCUCGAGGCUGCAGUGGCAAACGGGGACGAG